AUGGCGGUUCCCGGUUGGCUCCGCCGCUUUGAAAUCUACGCCAUCUGCAUGGUGUGGCCCGUCGCGACUGUUGUUGGGCUGGUGUCGACGUACAGGAUCUUCAUGUGGAGCUACGGCGGCCGCGACUGCUUCCGCUACGUGGCGAUCCAGGAGCCGUUUAAGGAGCAGUGGUACCAGGCAAACCCCAAGACAGCGCUCGGCAUCGACACGCCGCUCGCGCACGUGCCAAAGUACCUCGAGUCACCAGGGCACAGCACCGGUGGGGAGGACCACGUGCACCACCGCAACUACUGA